UCGAGGAAGCUUGAUUAGCUAAGUAAGCUUGUGGUGAUAAAAUAGCUGUUAGAAGAUCAGUUAUAGGUUGCUCAUUUUUGUAACGGAGUUAUCAAAGCAAGGUAACGGCCGAAAAGGUGCUUUUUUUUUUGGUAGUCAUUCCUUUCGUUUAAGCAAAGCCGGCUGUAGCAUAGCUAGAUAGCUAGCUAGUUAAAAUAUGCUAACUAGGUUGGGCUUGGCUGCUUUUCCUAAACUAGCUAGCUUAGUAGCUAGAUGCAUGUUUAGCGUAUCACAUAAUACAAAAAAAAUCGCAGGUCAACAAAUAUCACUUUUUCUGUUUGGUUUAAUCGAAGUGUAGCCUAAAACCCUGUGACAUUUGGGGUGUAUGAAUUAAACCUGUCGCUAAAAAGUUUUAGCCAGUUCCUUCUAACCUAGAGCUGACUGGUGGGAUUUCUGCCGAAAAUCUGCUUUCGUUCACCUCGGUUAGCCAGCUAACGCUACCUAGCUCCCCUCAUUCCUUCUACCGAAAGACACUUCGAGUAGUCUGUAUGCCCUUGAACAUCGGGAAAGUUUGCAUAAGGGCUCGACUGGUCAACUCGUGCUAGCUAGAGAUUAUUAGGGAGCCUUUGAGAUAGCUAUCCUAGCUAGCUAAGUUGUCUUUCCUGUUGUCUCUCCUUAGCGUUAACGAGUUCUCUAUUCCCUAUUUAGCUCGCCUGUGGUGAGUUGUCCACAAUGUCGAUGUUCAGCACCGGCAUCCUGGUUCUCACGUCCCCGCUGCAUACGCUUCCGUUCCGCAUAGCACCCGUUUUGAGCUCUGCUGCGCAAGUGGUGGAGCGCACCCUGUACGUGCACCUGCACCCUGGCCUCAACCUAGGUGCAGGUGGGCACGUUCGGCCAGUCUUCAUUCCUCCAGUGGUUGAUCUCCCUGGCCUCAUCUCCCGCCUCUACAGCAAUGCGGCCGACGUGUGUGGACACCUGGACGUCAGGGUUCUGCUGACUAAUUUCCGUGCCCAGCCAGUAAUGCCUCAGGCCGGGUUAGAUGCAGCUUCCAACCCUUUCCCCUCCCCACAGACCCUCUCCCACUCCCCAGAGGUGGUGCUGACCGACUUCCCCCUCCAGGACCCAGGCCAAUCCUCGGUUGUCGCCCAGUGCCUGCAGAGAUAUGCAGGCCACUGCUACGUUUGCAAGCCUGACCUCUCCUCUGUGAUCCUGCACCCAAGGCUAGAGCAAGUGAAGGAUGAGGACCAGAAAGGAAGAGACACAAAGCCCAUAGAGACAUAUGGUGAUGUUGUGGUUGGCGGGACUUUUGAUCGUCUGCAUGGUGCCCAUAAGACCCUGCUGAAUAUUUGCUGUCUGCUGGCCAACAGGCGCUUUGUGAUUGGGGUCUGUGACCAGGAACUCCUUAAGAAUAAGGUGUUGAGAGAGCUGAUUGAGCCAUUUGCUCUGCGUUUGGAGAAGCUCCAGGAGUUUCUGAAUGAUGUGAAGCCAUCUCUACAGUACGAUAUGGUUCCUCUGUCUGACCCAUUUGGCCCGUCAGUCACCGAUCCGCAGCUGCAGUGCAUUGUGGUCAGUGAGGAGACGAGGAGGGGCGGAGAGGCCGUUAAUAGGAAACGAGUACAAAACGGCCUGUCAGAGCUAGUGCUAUACUCAAUCCCCCUGAUCAAAGAUGCACAUCACACAGAUAUAGAGGAGGAGAAGAUUAGCUCCUCCAGCCUCCGUGCACGCCUGCUGGGCACCCUCCUCACCUCUCCCCAGCCCCGGCCUGCUUUCUCUCAGGUCCCAUACGUGAUUGGACUGGCAGGGGGCAGUGGGAGUGGGAAAAGCUCCAUUGCACAGAGGCUGGAAGGACUUGGAGCCGUGUGGAUCAAUGCGGACCAGAUCGGACAUGGGACUUACCUACCUGGCUCAGCCGCCUACCAUAAGAUACUGCAGGAGUUUGGCCCAGAUAUUUUGAAUGAAGAUAAAACCAUAGACAGACAAGCUUUGGGGAGGAAGGUGUUUGGGAACAAGAAACGGUUAAAAGCACUGACUGAUAUAGUUUGGCCUGAGAUAGCCCUCCAGGUGAAAGAAAGAAUACAUCAGGCUAAACAAGAAGGUGCACGUGUUUGUGUGAUUGAUGCUGCAGUUUUGCUGGAGGCUGGGUGGACAGAUAUGGUGCAUGAGGUUUGGGUCACCAUUAUCCCUGAGGAGGAGGCGGUGAGGCGUAUAGUGGAGCGUGACCAUGUCAGUAAGGAGGAUGCACUGAGGAGAUUGCAAAAUCAGUGGUCUAACGCUCGACUGGUAGAGCACGCCAAUGUUGUUCUCUGUACGCUCUGGGAGUCGGAUGUCACCCAGAGACAGGUGUUAAAAGCUUGGAAUCUUCUACAAGAGCGCAUUUGCCAGAAAAAAGAGGAAACUGGGUUGCCCUCAUGAAACAGUUGUUUUAGACACAAGCAAACAGACACACACUUCAGCUUGGCAGAGUGCAUCAUAGCCUCUUGAGCAAUACUUGAAAGGCGUUUACCUGUAUUCUAGGUGAAACCUGAAAACCCCAAGUGUUGAGGUGUUUACAUGAAUGGAUCUUGGAGUUGAGAAGCUGUCUGUAGGUGCAGCAGGACUGGACAGCACCAUCAUACUACACCUGGAACUGUACCCAGUAUUGGAGUUUAAACCUGAAAGAUUGGUACAAGCAGGCAUUGGUUCUUGGAAUGGAUUGGGAAUGGCCACAGAGGUAGAACUGCUCUGGCUCUGAGAUUACUUACAGGGCACAUGACAAAUGCCUAUUGCUGUGUUUAGUGGCUGUGGUCUUGCAGUGAUUGUGUAGCAGUUCCCUGAUGUGGCUUAUUUGUGGGCUAAGAGACACUUGUGUGAUUAACAAUAUGGUGAUUGAUACGCCUAUUUAUUGUGAAAUCAUUUUUAGAAUUGCUUGAUUAUUAUUAUUUUUUUCCCCCUCAUCUGUUCUUUUUGGAUUUGUAUGUUUUUGAGAAAGUGAGCCAGUCAUUCACAUGCAUUAUUUUAAAAUUCUUUGGUCUUUAUUCUAUAACUCUGUGACAGACUUAAUAUGGUCAUGGGGGAGUUAUUUCAAUUCAUGCUCAUGCACUUACAAGACCUGUAAAAUAGAAAUUAUAGAAUUCCUGAGAAGGACUAAUGCCAGUCAAAUGAAUUGAUUAAACAUCUAGACAGACUGAAAGAACUAAAAAAAACCUCCAUUGCCUAGUACUAGAAGGGAGCAAGAAAGUGCAGUUAUUACAAAUAUGACAUCCUUAUUUUACAACAAAAUUGUCACUUUGCAGUUGUUCACCAGUUAAAGUGAGGAGAUACUUGUACAAUCUAAUUAUUGGUUAUUUUUACUAGUAAGAACAAGUACAGAAUUGGGUGCAUAAGCAAUUUAGCUGCCCCUCUACCUGACUUCUAAGCAAGAGUGCCAAAGUGGAUCUGUUCUGUUUCGCCUGGCCUUUUGUUAAUGCUUGUAGAGACAGCGCACAAGUGAUCCUAGGGCUGUUGUGUACUUAUACUUGUCCAGGUACUGACUAGAUUGGUUUGUCAGAAAUAACCUUUAAAUACCCUCAGGAAGCAAAUGUUAUCCUGUCUAAAAAAUAAAAGCAUAAUGGUA